AUGAAGCAGUUUUGCUGUUCAGGGCGUGUGUUGUGGCUUGGACUCGUACUGUCUGCUUUCUCCCAAGAUCAAGAGAGCAAACCUAGGAAGCUGUGCGGCAGGCACCUGCUGGUAGAAAUUACAAAACUGUGCGGCCAAAUUGACUGGAGCCAGUUCGAGAUGGACGACCAAACUCCUCUGACCCAUCUCGCUCACCACUCCUUACAGACUGAAGUCAAAACCUUCAGCCCUGACCAAAUCCCUUCUUCAGCCUGGGGAAGAUUCACAAACCUAGUCCCCAUAUCUGCCUCUCUGGAGAAAGCAAUAAACACUUGGGAACCCCAGGUCCCGCCUUACUAUCAGUUUGAAAACUCCAACUUGCUUCCUGAGAAGACAGAAGAGUUUUCAUCCCGCGAUGUCCACCCCAAUGUUGAGCGAGUGAAACUUCAGGAGAAAAGAAGAAACAAAAUCAAUGCCUUCAGCAGUUUAUUUUGGGGGCUCCAUCCCCAGAGGAAACGCAGAGGUUUCUCAGAUAAAUGCUGUCUUAAAGGGUGCACAAGAGAAGAGCUGGCCGUCGCAUGUCUCCCGUAUGUUGAUUUUUAAAACUUAACGAUAACACAAACAUCACUGGUGACUGAGCUGUACGAGCCAUCGUAGAAACCAUGCUAGCUUAAUAAAUACUUUCUGUGUCUGAUUUACCACUUACUAGUUCUUGAAGUUAUGCUUGUGGGUUAUGCCUUUGUGAACUAAACAGGAGAACACUCACGAGCAGUUGACAGUGUCUCGUGGUACCAGGCAUCUAGGUAUUUAUUUAGUGGCUCCGUUUUGUCAUAUGUAUUUUAAAGGUGAUGUUACUAUAAGUGCCACAGUCCACGUUGACAUUUAGAGAUUACCUAUUUGGGUUUUGUCAUUGUGGUUGAAAAUUCUUAAGCUGCAUUUAAAUGGAAUAUGGAACAUUAUCCAUUCUUCUGACAUGAUACACAUAUCCACGUCCAUAACUACUACGCUCAUUUCCAGAAGCCAGCUAGCGGCAGCAACGUAAAGCCGCUGACUUCCCCUCUCAGAGAAGCCAUUGUACUGCAGUAGGAGGAGGCACUUUUUUAGGGCCUGGAGUUUUAUUCAUGCCCCUUUUCCUGCUGAGCCAUCAUCCCAGCCCCGGGUGAAAUACUUUUAAUGAUAUAAACCUGGGGGUUCCAGCGAAGAAUUCUUACUCACUCAUCGAUGGGGAAGCGUCAGCCAAAGCUUUCUCUAGAUUUCUUCCCAAUUUUGCCGUGCAAUAUUCUGCUCAAUGGACGUUUCUAUUCCUUGCAUUAUAUCUUGGAACUAAACUUCUUCU